GACAGAGAUUUACAGCGUCCUAGAACCUUCCAUUACGACGCCAUUAAAAUUCAGUUUCUUCCCUCCAUUAUCAUACAAUCAAACUCUAAGAACUCGAUCCUUCUUCCAAUAAUCAUAGUCAUUAACCUUCUAAUCUCAGAUUAAUUACUUCUGAUCAAAGCGAUGGAUGAAAUGGAAGUGAAACCGGAGGAAUCAGUGGCCGUCGGCACGGCGGUGUGUUCUUCUUCUUCUUCGUCGGGUUCGAGUGUCACUCCCCAGCCGAUCGAAGGGAUACACGACGUAGGUCCGCCUCCAUUUCUCACUAAGACCUUUGAAAUGGUGGAAGAUCCAUUGACGGACUCCAUUGUUUCGUGGAGUAAAGCUCGUAAUAGCUUCAUCGUUUGGGAUUAUCACAAAUUCUCCAGUUCCUUGCUUCCUCGAUACUUUAAACACUCCAAUUUCUCUAGUUUCGUUCGUCAGCUCAAUACUUAUGGUUUUCGAAAAGUCGAUCCUGAUCGUUGGGAGUUCGCGAAUGAGGGGUUUCUGGGAGGACAGCGACAUCUGCUGAGAACGAUAAAGAGGAGGAGACAUUCAACCCAAAGCUUCCAGCACCACCAAGGAGGAAUAUGUGUGGAAUUGGGUGAAUUUGGACUCGAAGGUGAACUCGAGAGGUUGAAAAGGGACAGAAGCUCGUUAAUGGCGGAAUUGGUAAGAUUGCGUCAGCAACACCAGAGCUCAAGAGAGCAAAUAAUAGCCAUGGAGGAUAGGCUAGAGAAAUCUGAGAAUAAACAGAAGCAGAUCAUGACAUUCCUCAGCAAAGCCCUUAAGAAUCCAUCAUUCGUUCAGAAAUUUAUCCAUAGUAAUCAGGGAAGAGAAUUGAGAGGCGUUGAAAUCGGACGAAAGCGAAGACUGACUUCCAGCCCAAGUGUAGAGAAUCUCCAGGAAGAGAGUGUACCAGUGGCUGUUAAACAAGAAGAGCCAGAUAUGGAGACGCUGUUAGCAGUCAACUUUGAAGGCGAGUCAAACGGCGAGAUCACAGACCCUGUUUCUGAUGGCAUGCCCAUGGCAGCCAUGGAUGUGGGUCUCUCAGCUCACGAGGAACUGGGGUUCUUCAGUGAACUCUGGGCUGAAGAUCCUUGGGCUGGGUAUCCAGAGGAAGAACCUAUAAUGGUUGGCAAUCAAUCAGACAUCGAUGUGGAAGUGGAGGAUCUGAUUGCUGAGCCACCUGAUUGGCCUGAGAACUUGCAGGAUCUCGUCGAUCAAAUGGAGUUUCUCCGGCCGAAGCCGUAGGCAUAAGAAUAUAGAGAGUGAAAUCAAUGUGUUCAGCUGGCUGUGGCGUAGAAAGGAAUGGUGGAGGAGGAUGCAGAGGAGCCACAGAUUAUCAUAUCCUUUGAAACUCAUUGGGAUUUCAAUAUUAUAUACUUCAAUAUUUUUGGUUGUUGUGUUAAAUUGGUUUGUGGUCAUUUUUUUCCUCCGUGGUUUUAUUUGCAGGCAUAUGCAGAAAAGGAAACCGCGAAGAUCCAGACAUUCGCUGAAUUCUUAAACAUUAAGAACUAAAUUUCUUCCCUCGAGAGGUUUUGUUAGGGGAUUCAGAGGCAGAAGCCUGAAGAACCUUUGAUGGGUGUUGUUUGUGUUGUAAUGGAAGCGAAAACAAGAUCGGUCCCAAACCACCAAUCGAAGUUCCCAAAAAGUAGGGAGUGAAGGAAAAGCACGUCUAGCCAUAGACUCAAGCAGAUACAGAUGAAUGAAAGCUACAUCCUUAAGAGAGGAAUGGGUUUUAUGCAGCAGAAGAUAUUGACUGCGUCUUCUGACGAGGUGGGAUUCGGAGCCAUAAUUUCAUGCUAUCAUAUGCUGCAAAUCCAAUGGCCACAGAAGGAACAAUCUGCCAAUUCAUAAAAUGGGAGAAUUAUAUGCACAGUUAACAGCACAGAGCAAUGGACGGUAAAAGCACCUCUAGAUGAAAAUAAUUUCAACCAUUACCUUAAUGUAGUUAAUGCUCAGUCCUGCAAACAACUGCCGCCAUCCUUGGUUACGAACUAUCAUUGUAAGACCUUCAAUUGAGUUCCUAAAUCUGACUUGACCAUGAAGUGAAGAUGGCAUAUCUCCAACCUUAGAUGGUAUUUUCCGAAGGAAUUUGGUUUCAGAAUCAUGGAGAUCAAAACCCAUAACAAAGAAGUUUGAAAAUGACAAAGAAUAAUACCUGCAUUUGCCUUCUAACGACGUCGAGCGGAUACGUGAACGUCUGCCCCAAUAAUCCAGCCAGAGCCCCACAAGAAAGUCGCAUCACAAUGGAUCUCUGAUGCUCCUCAGGAACGUGACUUUUCAGUUUUUCAUAAAUGUAGAACUUCAAACCAGCAUAAGGAAGGAUUCCUGUAAGUGUUGGACCUGUUGAUAUAUUGUAACUUUAUUCAUCA